CUUCAUUGGGACUCAGCAAAGGACCCACAGCUCUGGAGCUCAGAGUAGGGACCAGGCAUGCCAGUCAGGAGCGCCCCAACACGAGCAGAUGCUGGGAACAGUUUUCUCAGAGCGGCCCGAUCGGGAAACCUGGAGAAGGCUCUGGAUCACAUCAAGAAUGGCAUAGACAUAAACACAGCCAAUCAGAAUGGGCUGAAUGGGCUGCACUUGGCCUCCAAAGAAGGUCACGUGAAGAUGGUGCUGGAGCUGCUGCACAAUGGGAUCACCCUGGAGACCACCACCAAGAAGGGGAACACGGCCCUGCACAUUGCAGCUCUGGCGGGACAGGAGCAGGUAGUCACUGAGCUGGUCAACUACGGUGCCAACGUCAAUGCCCAGUCUCAGAAGGGCUUCACGCCUCUCUACAUGGCUGCUCAGGAGAACCAUCUGGAGGUGGUGAAGUUUCUGCUAGAGAAUGGAGCCAAUCAGAGCAUUCCAACCGAGGAUGGCUUCACUCCCUUGGCUGUGGCACUGCAGCAGGGGCAUGAGAACGUGGUGGCUCUUCUCAUAAACUAUGGCACCAAAGGCAAAGUGCGACUGCCCGCUCUGCACAUCGCGGCACGCAAUGAUGACACACGCACUGCUGCUGUCCUGCUACAGAACGACCCCAACCCAGAUGUUCUCAGCAAGACGGGCUUCACUCCUCUGCACAUCGCUGCUCACUACGAAAACCUAAACGUGGCCCAGCUGCUGCUCAACAGAGGAGCCAAUGUCAACUUCACCCCAAAGAAUGGCAUCACACCUCUGCACAUCGCGUCCAGAAGAGGCAACGUCAUCAUGGUGCGUUUGCUACUGGACCGAGGAGCACAGAUCGAUGCUAAGACCAAGGACGAGCUGACCCCUCUGCACUGCGCCGCCAGGAACGGUCACGUGCGCAUCAUUGAAAUCCUCCUGGACCACGGAGCUCCCAUCCAGGCCAAGACCAAGAACGGCCUUUCUCCCAUCCACAUGGCAGCGCAGGGGGACCAUGUGGACUGUGUGAAGCAGCUGUUGCAGUACAAUGCAGAGAUCGAUGACAUCACUCUGGACCACCUGACCCCUCUGCACGUGGCCGCGCACUGUGGGCACCAUCGCAUGGCCAAGGCUCUCUUGGACAAGGGGGCCAAGCCUAACUCACGUGCACUGAACGGCUUCACUCCACUGCACAUCGCCUGUAAGAAGAACCACCUGAGAGUGAUGGACCUACUGCUCAAACAGUCUGCGUCACUGGAAGCUGUCACUGAGUCCGGCCUGACUCCUCUCCAUGUGGCCUCCUUUAUGGGGCACCUGAACAUUGUCAAAAUCCUGCUACAGAAAGGAGCCUCACCCAGUGCCUCCAACGUGAAAGUGGAGACCCCUCUGCACAUGGCAUCCAGGGCAGGACACAUCGAGGUGGCCGAGUUUCUGCUUCAGAAUGGUGCACCGGUGGAUGCUAAAGCCAAGGAUGACCAGACGCCCCUGCACUGUGCUGCUCGGAUGGGCCACAAAGAGCUGGUCAAGCUGCUCCUGGACCAAAAGGCCAACCCCAACUCCAGCACCACGGCUGGACACACUCCCCUGCACAUCGCCGCCAGGGAGGGCCACGUGCACACUGUCCGCAUCCUGCUCGACACAGAUGCACAGCAGACGAAGAUGACUAAGAAAGGCUUCACUCCUCUCCACGUGGCAUCCAAAUAUGGCAAGGUGGACGUGGCCGAGCUCCUGCUGGAGAGAGGAGCCAACCCCAACGCAGCAGGGAAGAAUGGCCUGACUCCUCUGCAUGUGGCUGUCCAUCACAACAACCUGGAUGUGGUCAACCUGUUGGUCAGUAAAGGCGGCUCCCCACACAGCGCUGCCAGGAAUGGCUACACAGCACUCCACAUUGCAUCUAAGCAGAACCAGCUGGAGGUGGCCACCAGCCUACUGCAGCACGGUGCCUCUGCCAACGCCGAGUCCCUGCAGGGGGUGACUCCUCUGCACCUGGCCUCUCAGGAGGGACGCCCCGACAUGGUGACGCUGCUCAUCUCCAAACAGGCCAAUGUCAACCUGGGCAACAAGAGUGGUCUGACGCCGUUGCAUCUGGUAGCUCAGGAGGGACACGUGGGCAUCGCAGACAUCCUGGUCAAACAGGGAGCCUCCGUCUACGCUGCCACAAGGUUGGGAUAUACCCCCCUCCAUGUGGCCUGUCACUAUGGAAACAUCAAAAUGGUUAAGUUCCUCCUGCAACAACAGGCCAACGUCAACAGCAAAACACGGCUGGGCUACACCCCUCUGCACCAGGCGGCUCAGCAGGGACACACGGACAUCGUCACACUGCUGCUGAAGCACGGAGCCCAGCCAAACGAGACCACCACAAAUGGGACGUCAGCUUUGGCCAUUGCUAAACGCCUAGGCUACAUCUCUGUCAUCGACGUGCUCAAGCUGGUCACUGAGGAGAAUGUGUCUAUGUCCUCCACAGAGAAGCACCGCAUGAGCUUCCCUGAGACAGUGGACGAGAUCCUCGACGUGUCUGAGGACGAAGGAAUUGCACAGCUCACAUUAGGCGAGGAGCCCGGGACUGAAGUGGCCAGGUACAUGAAGACGGAUGACACCAAAGACCAUGAUGACGAUUUCCUCUCCCCCAAGAAAUCACUGGAGUACGAGAGAGGGCUGGGCACAGUAAACUACUCCCCAGCCCUGCCUAGGAUCCCCCGUGUGUCUCCAGAGACGGUCCUCCUCAAAGAGCAUGAGAUGGAACAGCAGCACACUCCGCUCCCACUGCCAAAAGAGUAUGAUGAGGACUCCCUGAUCCCCAGCAGCCCGGCCACGGAGACUUCUGAUAAUGUCAGCCCUGUGGCCAGCCCUAUACACACAGGGUUCCUGGUCAGCUUCAUGGUGGACGCUCGUGGGGGUUCCAUGCGUGGCAGCAGACACAAUGGCCUGCGGGUCAUCAUCCCUCCUCGCACAUGUGCUGCGCCCACCCGCAUCACCUGUCGCCUGGUCAAACCGCAGAAGCUCACCAGCCCCCCACCCCUGGUGGAGGGAGAGGGGCUGGCCAGCAGGAUCAUCUCUCUGGGCCCGGCAGGCAUGCAGUUCUUAGGGCCGGUGAUAGUGGAGAUCCCUCACUUCGCUGCUCUAGCCCGGGGCGAUCGAGAGCUGGUAGUGCUGCGUAGUGAAAACGGCUCUGUGUGGAAGGAGCACCGCAACCGCUAUGGAGACGAGGUCCUGGAGACCAUCCUCAACGGCAUGGACGAAGACCUGGAGAGCCAGGAGGAACUGGGGAAGAAGAGAAUUCGCCGCAUCAUCUCCACAGACUUCCCCCUGUACUUUGCCGUGGUGUCCCGCGUGCAGCAGGAGAGCGAUCUAAUUGGUCCAGAGGGCGGCUCUCUCACCAGUAAGCUUGUGCCGCUGGUCCAGGCAACGUUCCCCGAGACGGCGGUGACUAAGCGUGUGCGGCUGGGGCUGCAGGUGAGGUGGGACGACCAGGGCGCAGACGCAAGCUUUAGUGGCUGAAUGAAGCACGCAUGCUGGAUGCCCUCCUGGAAUGACCCGCCCCUACCCGUUUUUCUCAGUUUCUCUUCUGUUGGUUUUUAUUGGACCUUUUGCCUUGUAUUUAACAGUGCAUGGCACCUUCAUAAGACUCAUCAGAACUUGUUUCCAUCCAGCACUCCACAGUCUAGUGUCUUGUUGGUCUAUUUGUUUAAGUAGAACUGGGCUUUAAAUGUGGGAAAGACCUCUCAAAACUUCCCAAGCUUUAAGUUCAACAAGCAAACUAGAGCUUAACUUAUGCCAAACCUAUGUGAUUCUUAGUUCAACUGAUAUUUUAUCACAACCAUUCAUUCCUUCAAACUAAGAAUGCUGGAUUCUAAUUACUAAAACACCACGUUGGCAUUAUCCUUAAACUGGUUCAAAACCAAAGCAGGUUACAGGACAAUGGAGUUCUUGGUCGAAACAAGGCUAUUGUCAAUACUGAUAUGAUUCUGUAUUCAUCUUUUUAAAAUCCUCUGCACUCUGAUUUUUGAUUAUAUAUAAAUAGAGAGAGAUUUAUAUGGAAAUUAAAUAUGAAUGUUUUAUAUAGCGGUAUUGUUAGCUAUUUAUAGUCUUAUGUGCUGGAAGACUUUUGCACCAAAGACCCAUGGAACAGAUGGCUGAUAUCUACAGGCAUUUGAAUGACAGGCCAUCAAAAAUUACCUUUAUUUAACAGACAAUUUUUACAUAUAAUUUCGUAUACAUUAGGUUAUAUUUUGAUGUUUUUGACUCUUUAAAUGACUGUUUAGUAUAAAAUAAUUACAAAUAUAAUCUGAUGAACAAAUAAAAGCCUUAUAUAAUAUAUACAGUUAAGUGGACCUAAAUCUAGAUGAAUAAUGGUUAUCAUUUAUGUACUAACACUUAGCAUUAUUGUGUGCCUUUUUCCAUGCCCUUUUCUCGAUCUUAUGAGUCACGCAUGAAUUCCUGUAAUAGAACCUUUAGUGCACAGGCGGAAAAUAAAUAUUUAAAAUUUGUGUGAAACCCAGGCCUUUUCAGCCUCAUUUUCUUGAAAAUGAGGCAUUGCUUGUGCUCUUAAAUAAAAAGAAAGAAAAAAAAGAAAAGUAAUACAAACACAGCUGAAGAUGGGUUGCCAGUGUCUUAUCCUGCAGACAGAGUCACAAGUUUUCUUCUUUUUCUUCUCAGUAUAUGGACAAACUAUGCCUCAUGUGAAACUCACUGAGGCUGCACUAGCACUGAUUAAUGAUUAGCUGCAGGUGCAGCACUGAAACUGGUGACCCAAGAGAAACUCAUGUGAGGCUCAUUGUGCUUUUGUCAUCAGUAAAACCUAUAUUUGAUUUGCCUGAAUCAAAUAUUUAGUUACCUAAAUUUUAUGAAAUUUAAAAUCUAAAUCUUACAUAUAGUCCCUUUGAAGGUGACAUGCUGUGCAAAAUUAAUGUUUUGGAGGUUUUACUUUAUCAAGCAUACUUGCAGUAGUGUGAAGGGGCUGUUUUUUAUAACCUGAAAGGCCAAUGCUUAAGUGUCCUUGUAUGAAAGGGCCAAAAUACAGCACAGAAUGUCUCCUUAAAUGUUGAGCACUCCUGAGAGUGCACAAGGUUUUAUCAAAUGUGCCUUUAAGUUCACUAGGGGGCUUUGUACUAGAGUGAGACCCCUGUGUUGUGAUGAGGUGCUAUACAUGCUUGUACCACUGUGCCUUAUGUCUUGGAUAUCACUUUGUAUCUAUGGAUGUAACUUUUUGAUCCUGACCAAUAAAGGGCAUAUGCAGAAGUGA